GAGACAGUGUGGCGCUAGAAGCCGUAGUUUGUCCACGUUUUGAAAAUAAAUUUUCCAAUAAAUCUCAUAUUUUUCGUGGUGGAAAAUUAGUGAAAAUGGCUCAAUUUGAUUUAACAUCGCGCAAUUGCCAAUUCCUCGAUAGGCAUCUCACGUUUCCACUCCUGGAAUUCCUCUGUGACAAGAAUAUUUACAGCAAGGAAGUCUUGCUGGAGUACAUCCUGGAUACAGUGGGGAAGACUAAUAUGAUUGAUUAUACAAUGGACACGAGAAAACGCCUCAAUUUAGGCGAACAAAUGCCCGAAGAACUGGCCCAGAGACGUGCUAAAGUUCUCACAAAACUCAAAGAGUUGCAGAAUGAAAUUGCUCCACUGAUGAAAAUUGUGGAGGAUCUCAAAAAUACGGAUUCAAUGAAGGAUUCAAAGACUCUCCUCAAUGUUCUGCAGAAGGAAUUCAAUUUCAAAAUUGAGAUGUUGGACAGUGUGUACAAGUUGGCAAAAUAUCUCUAUGAAUGCGGCAAUUACGUGGAUUCCAUUUCCUAUUUGUACUUCUGCCUCCUCGUGAUGCAGCCGACGGAUAAGAAUUACCUCAAUGUCCUCUGGGGGAAGCUCGCAGCGGAGAUUUUAACGCUGAACUGGUCAUCUGCCCUUGAGGAUCUCAAUCGUCUGCGGGAGUACAUUGAUAACAGCAACUUUACGAAUGUCCAGGCACUGCAGCAGCGUACGUGGCUCAUUCACUGGAGUGUCCUGGUGUUCUUCAAUCACGCCAAGGGGAGGGAUCUCAUUAUUGACAUGUUCCUCUACAAGCCCCUCUAUCUCAAUGCAAUCCAGACAAUGUGCCCCCACAUCUUGCGCUACUUGGCCACAGCGGUGAUCAUCAAUCGUACCCACAGGAAUGCCCUGAAGGAUUUGAUUAAGGUCAUCCAGCAGGAAUCCUACACGUAUCGUGAUCCAAUUACGGAAUUCCUCGAGCAUCUCUACGUGAAUUUUGACUUUGAGAGCGCCCGGAUGAAGUUGCACGAAUGCCAGACGGUGAUCAUUAAUGAUUUCUUCAUCAUUGGCUGCCUCGCGGAAUUCGUUGAGAAUGCCCGUUUGAUGAUCUUUGAGACUUUCUGCAGGAUUCAUCAGUGCAUCACCAUCAGCAUGCUGGCUGAUAAGCUAAACAUGAAGCAGGAUGAGGCUGAAUGCUGGAUCGUCAAUCUCAUUCGCAAUGCACGUCUCGAUGCGAAGAUUGACUCAAAAUUGGGGCACGUUGUAAUGGGGACGCCUCCCUUGAGCCCCUAUCAGCAGCUUGUGGAGAAGAUUGACUCCCUGUGCGUACGCUCAGAGACCCUAACUGGCCUUGUGGAGCGUAAGUAUCGCGCCAAGAAUAACGACAGUGGAGACAACAACUGGAAGUACUACUCUUAGAGCGCCCCCAUCUCCCGAGUAUUUUACUGUAUUUUGUAAUAAAUUCUUUGGAUUUAUAUUUCAUCUGAAUAAAUUGAAAGGAAUACAAAAAAAAUAAAGAAA